UAUAAAUAUUUCAGUUCUACUUAGUUUUUUAUUUUAUUUCAAUUUCUGACAUUGUGUUUAUAUACAUAAAAUGGGCUUAAGAAAUUGUGAAAUAAUGUUUGACAAUCCUUACAACACGUAUUAUUCUGGACAAACUAUUAAAGGUGUAGUCAAUGUUUCAUUUGAUUCUACAAAAAAAAUUCGCGGUAUUUCCAUAAAACUAAAGGGCGAAGCAAAAACAAAAUGGACAGAACGUCAACAAAAACAACAGUUUGGCCACACUGCAGGAUCGAAUAAUCAUCAUUCAGGACAGAAUAAUUACGAGUAUAUAAACGUAGAUUUCACUGGCAGCGAAGAAUAUUUCAAAUUCCAAUACUAUUUAUUGGGUGCAAAAAAAGGUGAUAAACUCGAAAUACCACCUGGAAAAUAUUCAUAUCCUUUUUCGUGUAAAUUACCUGAAUCAUUGCCAUCAUCUUUUGAAGGAAAAUAUGGCCAUAUACGUUAUACAGCUAAGGUAACAUUGGAUAGACCUUGGAAGUUUGAUCAAGAAUAUAAAACUGCAUUUACCGUUAUUUCAACUGUAGACUUAAAUUUAAAUCCUCAAGUCAAGAUUCCAAUUGAUGUUUCAGUUGAUAAAACCUUUGGGUGCAGUUGUUUUGGAUGGUGUUGCGAUACUGGUUCUAUGGUAAUAACCGGAUCGUUACCAUAUACGGGUUUUGUUUCGGGCCAAGAAAUUCCAUUAUCGCUAAAAUUUGAUAAUGAUUCCAACGUGGAACUUCAAAGUAUUAACAUAGAAUUAAAAAAGAACAUAUUAUUCCAUUCCCAAUAUCCAUCCAGAGAAACAAAGAAAUUCGACGAAAUAGUUUGGAGACGGAUAAUUAAACCAAAUGACGGCCUACAUUCGAAUACAAUUUGCCAACCAAUUAUGAUUCCAGCCUUACCACCAUCAAAUUUGUAUCAUUGUUCAAUAAUUGGUUUAAACUAUACAAUUAAGAUUCAAGUAAAAUUUAUGGGAUCUCACACCGGUAAAACUAUUAAAAUUCCAAUAGUAUUAGGGACUAUUCCGUUAACUUCACAAAUUACCAUGGAUGCAGUAAAUAGUAAAGACAGUUCUAUUGAUAAUCGACAGCAACAAGGAGCUCCAGCAAUUGGAUUUAUUGUUACAUCCACAGAACCAACGGCCCCACCAGGACCAGCAAGCUCCGAUACAAAUUUUGAUUCAAAUACUUCCCCUCCUCCAUAUCAUUUAUUAUAUCCGAACAUGCCGGUACCUACGUAUACUGAAAGUGAAUUCAAAGCUGAAACAAUCCAGGAUGAAAAUGACGACAAUGAACACACACAAUUUGGUUUUUCAUAUUUUGCACCCAGAUAUCCUGUUUACAAUUUUGCAUUACCAUCAAAUGUAAACCAAAGGUUUUGAUUUAACAACUGCAUCCUAGUUGUACGUUAUCGUGGAAAAUAAUAAACCAUAAAAAACGUAUACACAAUUUUUUGCAAAGACUAAUAGAAAAAUCCGUGGAAUUUGGAUAGGUAUACACUAACUAUUCAUGAGCCCAUCAUUCGAAGAGCCAUAAAGAAAAUUCUCAAACUGUUUCAAUUUUGGAGAAGAAAUUCUUUAGAAAUGUAA